AUGGCGAGGACAUGCUCGAAAUGCGGGGGCAGGGAUCACAAUUCAAGAACUUGCCGGAGCACCACGCAGUACUACUGGAGGCAGCAGCUGAAUAAGCCGAAAGAACGAAGAGCUAGUAAUAGCAGUCUCAGGCUCUUUGGGGUUCAACUUGAUCACCACGACCUUUCUUUUUCUUCUUCUUCAAGAGUGGCAUGGAGUGAGGAGGAGCACCGGAAGUUUCUUAAGGGGAUUGAAAAGCUGGGUCGGGGUGAUUGGAGGGGCAUCUCUAAACACUAUGUUACCACAAGAUCUCCAACCCAGAUCGCCAGUCAUGCCCAAAAAUAUUUUCUCAGAUGUCAAAAUAGUACCACCGCAAACACUGCAACCAUCAACAACCUCGACUUCAACUUUGACCCCCACAAGAAAAGACGCCGAGGUCGUCCCAGCCUUUUCGAUGUCGGUAACGAUCAACUUGCCUCACCUCGUCAACUGAUUGAUAUUAACAGUAAUAAUCCCAAUACUGAAGCUUCUAUUAACAACCCAUAUGAGUACUGCUGGCCAGCCGUUCAUUAUUCCACGCCUCUCCAAAUUGAUGUUAGUUUGAAGAACUCAUCUUCUCAGAGUGCAGCAGCAGCAGGAGGACUUGACUUAGAACUUAAGAUUGCAGCAAGCAUAAUGCCGUUGGGGUUAUAUCAAUGA